GAAGUGUAACGUGUAACCUACAAGACACUCAUUCAGUGUGCGUGGUGUGUGUGCGCGCGUUUCCGGCGUUUCCCGUUCCAUGAAAGGCGCAUAAAGGCGCAGUGUGCAAGGAAAGCGUCUCUUCGACAAAAAUCUAGAUAUUUUUAUUCUUCGUAAAAUCCAGGAACCUUCAAAAUGGCCGACAACGACGACCUUUUAGAUUACGAAGACGAGGAGCAGACCGAGCCGGUUGUCGAUGGAAGUGGAGAUGCUCCCGCAAAGAAGGAAGUUAAAGGUACUUACGUAUCCAUUCACAGUAGUGGAUUCAGAGACUUCCUUCUUAAGCCGGAAAUCCUGCGAGCCAUCGUCGACUGUGGUUUCGAACAUCCUUCUGAAGUUCAACACGAAUGCAUACCACAGGCUGUUCUUGGCAUGGAUAUUCUUUGCCAGGCCAAGUCCGGUAUGGGAAAAACGGCCGUUUUUGUCCUCGCUACUCUCCAGCAACUAGAACUCACAGAAAACCAGGCCUAUGUGCUAGUCAUGUGUCACACACGAGAACUCGCGUUCCAAAUUAGCAAAGAGUACGAGAGGUUCAGCAAAUACAUGCCCACCGUUAAGGUUGCCGUAUUUUUUGGCGGUCUUCCUAUUCAGAAGGAUGAAGAGGUUUUGAAAAACACGUGUCCUCACAUUGUCGUCGGUACUCCGGGUCGUAUUUUGGCGCUCGUUCGUAACAAGAAACUCAAUUUAAAGCACUUGAAACACUUUAUUCUGGAUGAGUGUGACAAAAUGCUCGAAUUACUAGAUAUGCGAAGGGACGUACAGGAAAUAUUCCGAACCACACCACACGGCAAACAAGUGAUGAUGUUCAGCGCCACAUUGUCGAAGGAAAUUCGACCAGUCUGCAAGAAAUUCAUGCAAGAUCCCAUGGAAGUCUACGUCGACGACGAAGCAAAACUUACGCUGCACGGUUUGCAGCAGCACUACGUCAAACUGAAAGAAAACGAGAAGAACAAAAAGUUGUUUGAACUUCUUGAUGUUCUUGAAUUCAACCAGGUUGUAAUAUUUGUGAAAUCAGUACAAAGAUGCAUGGCCCUUGCGACACUUUUGACCGACCAAAAUUUCCCAGCAAUUGGAAUUCACAGAGGGAUGACACAAGAAGAAAGAUUAUCGCGGUAUCAACAAUUCAAGGACUUCCAAAAGAGAAUUUUGGUGGCGACGAAUUUGUUUGGACGUGGAAUGGACAUUGAAAGAGUAAACAUAGUAUUCAAUUACGACAUGCCAGAAGAUUCUGACACAUAUUUGCACAGAGUAGCGAGAGCUGGACGUUUCGGUACCAAGGGUUUGGCGAUCACGCUUGUAAGUGACGAAAGCGAUGCCAAAAUUUUGAACGAUGUUCAAGAAAGGUUCGAUGUGAAUAUCACCGAAUUACCCGACGAAAUUGAUCUUGCCUCCUACAUUGAAGGGCGAUAAAUAUUAAGCACCCGGACAAAUUUUCGAAAUAUUCCACUGGAUGAGCUGAUUUUGCAUCCCCGAAAAUGGACUUGAAUGCAGUUUAUAAUCCACAAUCGACUCUAAUUACAAUGUUAUGUAUGAUGUGCGUAUCAUAAAUGAAAGACUUAGAAUCGUGAUUUUCAGCAUCGCAAUAAAGCUCUGAAUGUAAAAUAAAUUUAAUAUUAAUUUAAUUCUUAUUCCAAGACUACUCAUUAAGUAUUAACCAUGUAAGAUAAGGAAAAAAUGGAAAGAAAGUAAUAAAUGUCACGUGUUUAGUAUGUA